UCCUCCUCCCCCUCCCCACCUCUCUGUCACUCCCACACUCCCACCCACCCAUUCAAGCUUCCUCCUCCAGACACCUGUGGAAGCCGUGGUGUUUCUGUCUGAGCAGCCACUUGUGUGUCUAUACCUUACAGGUGUUUGCUGUGGCAGAGUGACUCUAAGGAGGGGGGCUGGGUUCGAGGAGCCGCCUAGGUGCCUUCUGAUUGUGAGGGAGGGGCCCAGGUUGGGGCAGUCUGUGCGUGUGUAAUUUUUGGCACAAGUGUGGUCUGUGUUAGGUGAAGUCUUUCUGGUGAAACAUGUGCACGUGUGUCUUUGUGUGUGACGCCAUAGUUCCAGGAGCUCUGUGGAUCUCCCAAGAGGUCAUUGCCAUCUACCUGGCACCCAGCUGGUGGGCCCUUUGGACCUUGCAGGGUUUCAGCAGGGUGCAGGAGUAGAUCUGGACCGAGGUUACUGGACCCUUCCAGCUGACAUCCGAUCUGAAGAGCCUGCCCAGGCCUGGGUUGGGUUAUGGCCACCCCUCUGUCCCUCCAGGUCCCAGCUCCCCCAGAACAAAUUGGGUUCCUGAGCCCAAAGAUGGAGGAAAAUGACCCUGGGCCUCAGGGAUUCCUCCAAGGUGGGGACCAAUCCUUGACCAUCCUGCCUGGGAUGAUGGGGACCUGCCAGAGGCCACAGCGUCCAGAGCACAAGGAUUGGACCCAGAUUCUUGAGAAGAAAGCUGUGCUGUCUCAGGAUUUGCCCUUUCCUACAGAGGGGAGCACCGAGAAAGAGGGAAUGGAUGCUGGGCGGCCAACAGCCGGCUCUCAGGAGCCAGUGACAUUCAAGGAUGUUGCCGUGGACUUCAGCCAGGAUGAAUGGGGACACCUAGACACUGCCCAGAGGCACCUCUACAGGGACGUGAUGCUGGAGAACUACAGGAACCUGGUCUCGCUGGGGCUGGUCCGAGCCCAGUCUGAGGUGGUCUCUCACUUGGAACGAGGGGACGAGCCAUGGAGGCCGGAGAGAGGAGAGCUCCGAGGCACCCAUCCAGUGCAGUUAAUCCAAAGAGCUAAGAUGGGGGCUAGAUGGACCAGUCCACACAACAGCUGAAGUUUAGCCAAGACUCAGCAGAUGGCAUCGGUUCAGCACAGAAUCUGCAGAAGGGCCCAGGAAGAUGGCAGUGCAAUGGAAAACUCAUCCCCGCCAUGACUGCUAUCCCAGAGGGAGGAGCAGAAGGGAGCUAGGGACCCUUUGUCCUCUAUUCCUGGGACAACAGUGGACUAGGUUUGCCCUUGCUGGGCUUCCCAGAUGAAGCGUGAGGUGCUGCCAUAGCAAUAGCAGCUCACACUCUGCUCCUUGCCCUGUUUUCCCCAAACUACAAAAAUGAAGGUUGUCAAUGGAUUAACCGUCAGGGCAGUGUGAUACAUGGAUUGUCCACCAGGUGGCACUGCACCCUCAUCAUCUCCACCAUGUCUUGUUCGCACAUGUCUUCACUGUUUCUCCCGUUAGACUAUGAGCUCCUUGAGGGCGGGGGCCAUUUUUUUUACUUUUCUUUGUAU